AUGAUUACUACUACAUCAUUUUUAAAUCACUCUGGCAGUCGACCGCCACGCUAUCGCACUCCCUCCCCUCCGCGACGCGCCGUUGAGCCAAUUUCUCCCUGCACAACCGGCGAUACUCGAGCUUCGUGGGUCGACCGCGGCGCACCUAGAGUUGCGAACUUCGAUCGCAACCAGUUCACACAUAAUCACAGUCGAUAUGCUGCCGCGGAUAGCGUGUCUCAUCAGAGAUCCAGCCAUGGGAGGUCAAGUUCGACAAUCGACACCCUUGCGACGAUUGCCCUCGCGACGAGUCCUACUUUUGCACCUCUAUCCUACCGCCCUCCAUCGCGGAAUUCCACAUCGACCAUGUCACUUUUCCCUCCAGAGCCGGUAGACUUCGCAGAACGCCCGGCUAAACGCCCGCGGUCGGAAAAAGAUUCUUCUCCCUCCCUUCAGCAUCGUACGGGCGCAUUACCAGGUUUAAAACCGCCAUCGGCUUUCGACAGCAUGAAAACAGAUGCGGAGCUAUUGUUGAACUUUGCGAGGCCGUCCAAUUUCCAUCAUACCGCCCCUUCCUCGAAACGAGCGAGCAUAGACGAGUCAUAUCGUCAAUAUGGAAAUGAAGCAAAACGUCAUGUUAAGGAUGGUUUUGGGGCUUCGUAUAUGGACUUAGGCGAAGAUAAAUCGGCUUACAAUACCUCGGGACACAGUAAUUUUCCGCCGUCCAGGAUGAGAUCUCAAUCUGACGGUUCGGCUGCUAUUUCUCGGCCCGCCAUACAUAGUACGCGACCGAACACAAGUUCCUCCAGCCUUCAGCCAAUUAUAUGGCAGGAGGAAGGAGAUAGUGUAGAAAGCAAUUGGCCAUCUUCUACAAAUACAGUGACCAACAAUUUUCAAUAUGAUGCGCAGGGCCCCGGCACCAUUGAGCCUCAAAUAUCGCGAAGCUCUAAGGUGGAAGACGACACAGAGCCUGAGGAGUCUGGCCAGGCAAGUUGUGCUGCUUGUAAUCUCGUCCGAAUACCGAUGGACACUGGCGAACAAGGUGAUGUCACAUGGAUCAGCUGUGAUGGCUGCAAACGCUGGUUCCACAUUGUCUGCGCGGGCUUUAAAACUGACCGCGAAAUUCGGACGGUUGACAAGUUUAUUUGUCGUGGGUGUCGACCAGUUCACGGACAGACUACUUUUGUUCGCAAGUCCUCCCGUGCCCGUACUGCUAUCGAUUAUGCUGGUCUCAACCAGGGACUUGUUAAGACUGCUACGGAGACGAUGGAGCACCACUAUAUUGAACCUAUCCGAGAAGGCAAAAUUCGCUUUCUACCAGAGAGCUUUCCACGCAUGCGCCCAGAGCUAGUCACAGCUGAAUAUUUCGAGCGAGGGAAUGGCAUGACAGAGCCAAUCGUAAUACCAGCCCAUCUAAACACGCGGGGUCCCGUUUCGACCAGCAGCCCUGACUAUGAUGCACUCGUCCAAGAAGCUUCUACCCAGGAAAUGUUCGACGAGCUCUUGGAACAAACACAUGAAGAAUGUCAAGGUGUUGAGACUGUGAUUGACUGUGGCCAAGAUCAAUUAGACAUGGUCAUUCCCCAGGGUCUUACAGUCAGAGCGGUUGCAGAGCUAUAUGGGCCUGAAGAAAGGGUAGAGGUGAUAGACGUUAAAUCACAACAAGGCGAAGACAAAAGGUGGACGAUGCAGAGGUGGGCCGACUAUUAUGAAAAUGCGGGAUCUAAGAUCGUUCGAAACGUCAUCAGCCUGGAGGUGUCGCAGAGUAGAUUGGGCAAAUUGAUUCGUCGACCGAAGAUCGUGCGUGAUCUUGAUUUGCAAGAUUCGGUUUGGCCGGAAGAUUUAAAGGCAGUUGGGGAUUAUCCCAAAGUCCAGUUCUACUGUCUUAUGUCCGUUGCUGACUGCUAUACGGAUUUCCACAUCGAUUUCGGCGGCUCGUCAGUAUACUAUCACAUUCUGAAGGGCAAGAAGACAUUCUUCUUCAUACCGCCUAAGGAUAAACACUUAAAAAAAUACGAAGAGUGGUGUAAUUCACCUGCCCAAGACUCUACCUUCCUUGGGGACCAAACUAAGGAAUGUUACCGGGUUGAUCUUUCUGAAGGGGACACAAUGUUAAUUCCCUCCGGCUGGAUUCAUGCCGUAUGGACUCCUAAGGACAGCCUAGUUAUCGGAGGCAAUUUCCUGACAAGACUGAACUAUGGGAUGCAGAUCAAAAUUGCCAAGAUUGAAAAGGAUACAAAGGUUCCAAGGAAAUUCCGAUACCCGUUCUUUCAGAAAAUCCAAUGGUAUGCAGCUCUGAAGUAUCUUGAAGAGGACCCUAUUCCUCAAAGCGUAUUGGAUGCCUUCGCGCAGGACGAGAAUUAUCGUUUCCAUCGAGACUACCCCAUCUACUACGAAUUUGGAGAACGGACAAACACAACGCCUUUCGGAUCACCAUAUCAUAAUUCGCGCUUCUACUCGCAAGCAGAGUUAGAGGGGCUACCAGAUCUUGCAAAGUAUCUUCUUCGGACCGCUUUGAUUGCUGGCUCUUACCUUGUUGAAGGGGUGACGGCGGACAGUAGGAAUGCAAUCAAGCGAUCAAUCCCGAAAGGUGUUGGCGAUCCGAUUGACACUGUUAGAAAAUUCGGAAUCUGGGUCGCUUGGAAGCGUGGGAAUGAAAAGGCCGCUCAAUGGACACGACCUGGUGUCGUUGAACGCAAUGCCAAACUCAGUCUCACAGAAAAAAAAUCAGCUGGUCGACCUAGUCGCCGUUCAGAACGCAAUAUGGACAACCAGCGCAUGUACGCAGAGAGACAAGCUGUGCAAAGACCUCUAGAGCAAUCUCGUGAGACAUCCAAUGCGGUUUCUGGUAGUAGUGCUUCGGUACCACCGAGCAUCGUUGUUCCUACACCUCUCGUCUCUUCCAAUAGCGGGGUGAAAGAAGAAAAUGUUUCCAGGCCUCGAAACAUUCAUCGGGGGUCCGGACUAGGUCCGAAGCGGGUUGCCUGUGAUGCUUGUCGCAAGCGAAGGAUCCGAUGCCAUCAUAAGGAUGAACAAAGUGACCCAACGCCAACAAAACAAAUGUCGGUUGGUGUCUUUGCCGGAAGCCAAUCAUCCCUGGCACAUGAUGCCGCAUCCGCACUCAGCUCUUUGGCAGCAAUUGCAUCUGAAGCAGGCCUUCAAGAUGGAAAUGGUGGGUUGGACCGAUUUGAAACUGCUGGAAAGUACGGACCGACUGUCAUGGGUACACCGCAUACAGUGACCAACAAACUAAAUGACAUCAGCCCUGAUGGAAUCAACGCAGGGAAGAAAGGACGUAGCAAGGCUUGUGAUGAUUGUCGAAAGAGCAAGCGGCGAUGUAUCCACGAUGAGUAUGGGCGAAUCGAUCCUGUCAAAGCUCAAGAACGGUCGAAACCACGAGCUGCAGCUUCUGCCAAAAGACCCCGACUCAACGAGGAAAGCUUUAAUCCCACAACGAAGAGACCGAAGCAAGAAAGCACCUCUCCCCUGACAAAGUCGGCCCAUCUCAACCGAGAAGGUGGCACAAUAGAUGCGCAGGGAGCUCGACCCUCUACUCAAUUAUACAAGGCAGGCGACUUUGAGGCUAUUCCACAGCCGGAGAUAUCUCGUGCGGAUCAAGGCUUUUCGCAACAUCCAGGUAUGGUAGUUGCAGAAAAGGAAGCGCCUGUGGUGCGAAAUUCAUAUGCAUCACCGCCUACAUUUCAGACAGAUGAUGUCGUUGCUAAAGAGAUCAACUCAGCCUCUGUGCCUCAGCCGGCGGUUUCACUUGUGUCUCCGCCAACUUCCUUGGCAGAUGAGACUGAUGUCCUCCAAGACCAUGCCGAUGCCGAGGGAGAGCAUUCCGUAAUCCUUCAGACACCGACAUCUAAUGCUCGUCACUCUUCUCGUCAACCGCGUCAUGUAAAUCGAUAUAUGCCUGAGGUUCAUGUUGUCAAGCCGUCGAAGUCAUCUGCACACACACCAAAUGCACGUCGCCCAUCAUUUGGCGCUUCAAGCACUGGCACACAUAGGACUACUCCUGGUCCAUCGUCGGGUUCGAGGAAGUCGUUGUCACGUCCGUCAUCAUCACAUGCAAAGACGCCAACUGCCGAUAAGAAAAUUGACCGUCAUGCUACGUUGACCUCCCCUGGCCAGACUGGCAAGUAUAUGAAGCGUGAGCGAGCGACUGGUGCAAACGGUGAGCCAGAUGCUGAGAGCAUGCGCUUAAUCCGUGAGCUUCAAGAACAGGAAUUUGGCCUACGAAAGCGAUCCACGAGAGCGUAA